AUGGGCUUCGGCGACUUCCAGACGAUAUGCGAAAAGGCACCGAUACCACUAUGCGCGCUUGUCGGCCACCAGGAGAUCAACGAUGGCGUGGGCAUCCAGACAGAGUGCUAUGCGCGCACCAUUGAGAUUGCGAAUACCCUCAUUUUCGAGGCGGCGAAUGACUUUAUGCACAUUUUGGCCAUGAUUAUGACCGUCGUCAUGAUUAUCCAUGUGCGCUCCAAGUUCACAGCUGUCGGCCGCAAGGAAAUCACAUCCUUCUUCUACAUCUACCUCCUUUUGACCAUCAUAUCGCUCGUCCUCGACGCCGGUGUCGCUGCUCCUGGUUCUGCCGCCUACCCGUACUUCGCCGCCGCCCAGAAUGGCCUCGUCUCCGCGCUAUGCACCUGUCUGCUCAUCAACGGCUUCGUCGGCUUCCAACUUUACGAGGAUGGCACUACACUCUCCGUCUGGCUCCUACGCCUCUCUUCGCUGGCCAUGUUCAUCGUCGGCGGUGCCGUGAACCUCCUGACAUUCAAGGGCUGGGCUGGACUGGAACCCGGCAACCCCGUCGGCAUCUUUGUCGUUACCUACAUCGUCAACGCCAUCUGCCUCUUCGUAUACACCGUCAGCCAGAUCAUCUUGGUUGUUGGAACAUUGGAGGACCGCUGGCCACUUGGUGAUAUCUCCUUCGGCAUCUUCUUCUUUGUCAUCGGCCAGGUCAUUCUAUACGUCUUCAGCGAUACCAUCUGCGACCAGGUCCAACACUACAUCGACGGCCUCUUCUUCGCAACUAUUUGCAACCUGCUUGCUGUCAUGAUGGUCUACAAGUACUGGGACUCCAUCACUCGCGAAGAUCUCGAAUUCUCCGUCGGCGUCAAGCAGCACAACUGGGAGGUCAAGGAGCCUUUCCUCGAGGAGGACCAAAAGCGCGGCACCAUGUACCAGGACUCCGACUACGACGCACCAUCGCUAUACCAACAACCGUACACGCGCAACUCGCACUACUCUGCUGUCGGCCACUAG